GAAACAAUCCUGCAACUUGUGUUCAGAUUCUUACCAAGAAACAAGCCAUUUUAGUUCAGAUGAACACCAACCGGGGAUUGUAAAGAAAGUUACCAGUUGUUUUUAUAUAUUUUGUACUGGCAUUUUUCUGAUGGAAACGGGAUCAUCCAGCCCGAUGAUGGGGAGGUUUACUACUUCCAGGAAGCUUUUGGCCAUAAGCUUGUCGGUACUAGCCGUGCUCUCACCACUCUACAUCGACAGAUUAUCAGAGGAAGAUCUAGAAGAGGAAGAAGAACUCUUCAGCUUUAUGUUUUCCUUCUCUCUGCUUCUCCUCUUGUUGAUUUUAGCCAUAGCCUUGUCCUUGUACAGUGACCCGAGCUUGACCAGGUUUGAUCCUUACUGGAUUCACAGGCUAUGUGGUUCGUUUGGUGGAUUGCUUGUCAUCCUCAUCCUUCUUGUUUUCGUCUUGAUAUGCAAAGCCUCUGGUUAGAAUCUGAGCGAAAGUUGUUUUGAUGCCACAAAUGAAGAAGAAAAGCUCAUCUCUUGCAAAAUUUUUACAAUAUUUCUGUAUGUCAGGAACACAACUCUUUUAUUCAUUUUCUAAAGAAAAUUUAUACAAAACUCAGAAAUCCAAAGAUACAGAGUAAUAAAAUUACUCGAAAGGUAGAUUUUACAUUUGAAGCGCAGAAAAGAGUAGAUAUUUUAGACAGGUUCAGGUCAUAGAAGCUGAGCUCGGUCUGUGGUCUUUGUGGCUGCUCAACCUUCUCCUUCUCACCCACUUUGUCUCACUAGAAGCUGGAGAAACGGCUCCAUCAGCUGACGGGAGUUCGCAAGGAAGUGCCAUAGCCGAGCUGGUGAAGGCGUUGAGAACAAGGAACGCCAAAAUGGGAGACAAAUCUAAUCCUCCAAGAGGCGGUAUGAAUCCCCGGAAAAUGUUCAAGUAUGGAUCACAUAAAGUGCUGAAACAAUGGUAACGCAUAUACACAUAAAUAGGAAUCAACUAGGGUUCCUGGGCAGAUCAAUCAGGGUUUAACCAAUCUUUAAUCCAUUUAAGAGUUGGACAAAAAAGUAGUAGACAGAGUUUAUCCAAAAUAAAUUUCCUCUAAAUC